UAUAUAUUAAAUUUUAGCUAUUUGUUGGCCUCUCGAAUCAACUUUAAAAAAAUUGAACCAAUAUAUAAGUCUUCAACCCUAGAAGAGGAAGGGGGAAAACAAAGGCUUUAUUUUCACAUAUCCUCAUCAAUAAUGGAGAACAUUUUGGCAAAGAAAUGGGCUUUAAUGGCUUGGCUGUUGCUGACCUCGCUCUCCACCGCCAAUUCCACCUCUUUUCAAGAAUGCUACGCCACCUGCUUCGUCAUAUGCGCCAUCACGCCCGGCGUCGCCUUCUCCGACUGCCCGUUGAGAUGCCUGCAAGCUUGCAUCGUCCCGUCUUUUCCUAUCGACGAUGACGAUGUCGUCCAUCGGCAAAAACAACAAAAUCAUUUCUUCUGCAAGCUUGGCUGUGCAGCUUCCUCCUGUACCAAGUUUAGCACAAAGCAAAAUCCAGGUGAAAGAAAAGUGGAGAGGUGUGUGGAUUCUUGUUCUCAAACAUGUUCCAUGGAUCGAUGAAAAUUGCAUCUACUAAAUGAAACUUAAUGUACUGUUUUUUUUUUUUUUGGAAAUUAAAUAAGUGCAUAGUAUAAGUAAUAUAUAUUGUUGUGUUUUAUUAGAAAUUAAAACUAUAUUAUUGUUGCAAUUCUUUCUAUACUAAAUUAGAAAGAAUUUUGGGUUGAAGUGUUUGUUAAAAAAGGAAAAUAAAGUUAGCUUUAUAUUUUAA